CCUUGUGAGGACUUCAGCCAACACCAACAGCCAAGAUGAGAGAGUGGGCUUACAAGAAUCAAAUGAAAAUGUCUUUCUUCUUAUCCAAGUCACGCUCUAUGGAGUCAAGCAACGUACAUMCCUGAGAAAUAACAGCAGUUUAUGGAAAAUACCGGAUUUUGCCUCUGAAGAUUUGACUUGCCUAUUUUGGGAAAGCCUCUCUCCACCACUCUUGAGGUAUAGAGGAGACAUGGCCAGCAACUCGUUCCGUGAGUCGAAGCGUGGUAGACAUGCACAGGCCAACCAUGAUGUUGGAGAUUUCAACUGCUCGCUCAAGGAGCUGCGCUCCCUCAUGGAACUCAGGGGACCUGAGGGAAUAACUAGAAUCCAAGAAUGUUACGGAGAUGUCCAAGGACUCUGUACCAGACUGAAAACAUCACCUAUUGAUGGGUUAGGAGGGCAUGCUGACGACAUCGCCAGAAGGAAAGAGGAGUUUGGACAGAACGUUAUACCUCCAAAAAAGCCAAAAACAUUUCUUCAGUUAGUGUGGGAAGCGUUGCAAGAUGUGACACUAAUUAUCCUAGAAGUGGCAGCCAUCAUUUCAUUAGGCCUUUCUUUUUAUAGACCUCCAGAUGCCGAAAGAGAAAAUUGUGGAAAGGCAGCGGGAGGAGUGGAGGAUGAGGGGGAGGCAGACGCGGGCUGGAUUGAGGGUGCAGCCAUCCUCCUGUCCGUCGUCUGUGUGGUCCUGGUGACAGCGUUCAACGACUGGAGUAAAGAGAAGCAGUUCCGCGGGCUGCAGAGCCGUAUUGAACAGGAGCAGAAGUUUACGGUGGUCCGCGGAGGCCAAGUCAUCCAGAUCCACGUGGCUGAGAUCGUCGUCGGCGAUGUUGCACAAGUGAAAUACGGUGACCUUCUUCCUGCUGAUGGUGUAUUGAUCCAGGGAAAUGAUUUGAAAAUCGAUGAAAGCUCUCUCACCGGUGAAUCUGACCAUGUCAAGAAGACAUUGGACAACGAUCCCAUGCUGCUGUCAGGUACCCACGUCAUGGAGGGUUCUGGGAAGAUAUUGAUCACAGCAGUAGGUGUCAACUCCCAGACCGGCAUCAUUUUCACACUACUUGGAGCCGAGGAAGACGAAGAUGACGAUGAGGACGAAAAGGCGGAGAAGGAAAGGAAAAAGAGGGAGAAAGAGGAGAAGAAGAAAGAGAAUGAGAGGAAAAAGAAAGAGAAGAAAGAAAAGAAGGACAAGAAAGACAAACUGGACAAGAAAAAUAAGAAAGACGAGAAAAACAAGAAAGGUAAGUCUAAGGGUGGUGCAGGCGUGGAGAUGCAGCCCCUAAACUGUGACGACGGAGGAGAGGAGAAGAAGAAAGCUAACCUACCAAAGAAGGAAAAGUCUGUGCUCCAGGGGAAGUUGACCAAAUUAGCGGUGCAGAUUGGCAAAGCAGGCCUGUUCAUGUCGGGAUUGACAGUAAUCAUCCUGAUAACUCUGUUUAUGGUGGACACUUUCUGGAUCCAGGGCCUACCGUGGGUCGCGGACUGCACACCCAUCUACAUCCAGUUCUUCGUCAAGUUCUUCAUCAUCGGCGUCACCGUGCUGGUGGUGGCCGUCCCCGAGGGUCUUCCCCUGGCCGUCACCAUCUCCCUGGCCUACUCUGUCAAAAAAAUGAUGAAAGACAACAACCUGGUGAGGCACCUGGAUGCCUGUGAAACCAUGGGCAACGCCACAGCCAUCUGCUCUGACAAAACGGGGACAUUAACCAUGAACAGGAUGACCGUGGUCCAGGCUUAUCUGGGAGACAGGCACUACAGGGUGGUUCCUGAGCCUGACCUCAUCCCAGGCAAAGUCUUGAACCUGCUCAUUAUGGGCAUCGGAGUCAACUGUGCUUACACUUCCAAGAUCAUGUCUCCUGAGAAGGAGGGCGGGCUGCCGCGCCAAGUGGGCAACAAGACUGAAUGUGCCUUGCUGGGCUUUGCCUUGGAUCUGAGACGGGACUAUAUGACCAUCCGCAAUGAGAUCCCAGAGGAGAAGCUCUUCAAGGUCUACACCUUCAACUCAGUCAGGAAGUCCAUGAGCACGGUGCUAAAGAACGCAGAUGGGAGCUACCGCAUGUUCAGCAAAGGAGCAUCAGAGAUCCUCCUGAAGAAGUGUUGUAAGAUCAUGACAGCCAAUGGGGAGGCUAAGGUCUUCAAGUCCAGGGACAGAGAUGACGUGGUGAAGAAGGUGAUCGAGCCCAUGGCCUCCGAGGGCCUCAGGACCAUCUGCCUGGCCUACAGGGACUUCCCCCCUGCCGACGGCGAGCCUGACUGGGAAAACGAAACUGACAUCCUCACCAGCCUCACCUGUUUGUGUGUGGUGGGCAUCGAGGACCCCGUACGGCCAGAGGUCCCUGACGCCAUUAAGAGGUGUCAGCGCGCUGGCAUCACGGUGCGCAUGGUCACAGGGGACAACAUCAACACGGCUCGGGCCAUCGCUAGCAAAUGUGGCAUACUGCAGCCCGGAGAUGACUUCCUCUGUAUAGACGGCAAAGAAUUCAACCGACGAAUUAGAAACGAACUGGGAGAGAUUGAGCAGGAGCGCAUUGAUAAGAUUUGGCCCAAACUCCGUGUGCUUGCAAGAUCCUCACCCACUGACAAACAUACCUUAGUGAAAGGUAUAAUGGAUAGCACUGUACAAGAACCAAGACAAGUUGUUGCUGUAACAGGAGAUGGUACUAAUGACGGCCCUGCCUUGAAGAAAGCUGAUGUUGGAUUUGCCAUGGGCAUUGCAGGCACGGAUGUGGCCAAAGAGGCCUCAGACAUCAUCCUGACAGAUGACAACUUCAGCAGCAUCGUCAAGGCGGUGAUGUGGGGACGGAACGUCUACGAUAGCAUCUCCAAGUUUCUCCAAUUCCAGCUGACGGUUAAUGUGGUGGCUGUCAUUGUGGCCUUCACUGGAGCCUGCAUCACACAGGACUCUCCUCUCAAAGCUGUCCAGAUGCUGUGGGUGAACCUGAUCAUGGACACCUUUGCCUCGCUGGCCCUGGCCACUGAGCCCCCAACUGAGUCUCUCCUGCUGAGGAAGCCGUACGGCCGCAACAAGCCCCUCAUCUCUCGAACCAUGAUGAAGAAUAUCCUGGGCCAYGCCGUCUACCAGCUCACCAUCAUCUUCACUCUGCUGUUCGCCGGGGAGCAGAUGUUCGACAUUGACAGUGGGCGGUACGCGCCACUCCACGCCCCUCCCUCAGAACAUUACACAAUUGUCUUCAACACCUUCGUCAUGAUGCAACUCUUCAACGAGAUCAACGCCCGCAAGAUCCACGGCGAGCGCAACGUCUUUGACGGCAUCUUCAAAAACAUGAUCUUCUGCUCCAUUGUGUUCGGAACGUUCGUCAUCCAGAUUGUGAUAGUGCAGUUUGGAGGGAAACCUUUCAGCUGUGUGUGCCUCACCAUCGACCAAUGGCUCUGGUGUGUCUUCUUGGGCUUUGGAUGUCUACUGUGGGGCCAGGUGGUCACCACUGUCCCCACCAGCCGGCUGAAGUUCCUGAAGUCUGCAGGCCAUGGCACGCAGCAGGAGGAGAUCCCUGAGGAGGAGCUGGAGGAGAUGGAGGACCUAGACGAGAUCGACCAUGCUGAGAUGGAGAUGAGRAGGGGACAGGUCCUCUGGUGCAGAGGUCUAGGCAGGAUCCAGACUCAGAUCCGUGUAGUGAAUGCCUUCCGAGACACUAUGUCCCCCUACGAGGGCCUGGAGACCCCAGAGUCCCGCAACUCCAUCCACAACUUCAUGACAACCCCAGAGUUCAGGAUAGAAGACUCAGAGCCACAGAUCCCACUCAUCGACGACACAGAGGGGGAGGAUGAUGCUCCCACCAAGCGCAACGCUGCRCAGACUCUGCCCCCACACUCCAAGCUGGCCACCCUCCCGUCCUCGCCCAACCAGAACAAUAACGCUGUGGACAUGGUCAUCCCCCUCCACAAGGAGAGCCCAAAGAUUAGCGGGAAUCCUGAGAGUGCUGUGCUUCCGGCGUGCCCUGGGAGCCCGCUGAACAGCCUGGAGACCUCCCUCUGAGCUGGACUGUAGUACCAGUAAUGGCCCACUGACCUCAGCCCACUUAACAAUACCAAGAAGUGGGGAGAGGAGGCUUCUAGAAGUUUUGGUUUGGACUGGAGUUGAGGACAUCAGAUAUUUCAGAUUUUAUGGUCUUGUAUCGAUGGAGGGGUGCACAUUUUGAGUGAAAGAAUAUAUAGACUACGUUUUAAAAAAGUAAUUGAAUGAACAGGGAGGCUGGGACGCAUUGCUGUACAUCAGCAAUACUUCUAAAGAAUUAAUGCAUUGGCUAUGUAUAUUUUUACKAUUUCAUUCAUGUUGUGAAAGCAGACCUGUUUACACAUUUGUAAAACUUUGAUUGUCUGUGAAAGACCUACGUAAUAACAUGUACAACGUGGGGCUGUGAAAUUAAAAAWAUAUAUACUGUAUUUUAGAUAUUGCUGUUUUUUUUAGGAGAAAACAGGUUUCUAUUGAAACUGAACUAUUUUGCCUGCAAGUUCUAUUUGGUAUGUAUUUUGCUAGGUACAUAGAAAUAUCUAGCAAAAUAGGAAGACUUGUGUAGAAACUUGUGUAAGAAAGUGGUUUUAUGGUCUUUUAGGAGAGGUUAGAAUAACUGGAAAACAGCCACAAAUAUCCAUGUACACAAUUCCACACUGUAAAUAUUCACUCUGUUCCCAAUCAUUCCAAAACUACAUUUCAUGUUUACUGGAAAGUGGAGCUUCCAUUUGUCACUAGUGCUAUAAAUCUAGACCACAGAUGAUA